GGGGACAGUGCUCAAGAACAGCUGAUGGAUUAAACUAAGCGUUUAAAAAAGCAUCUGCCCUCAUGGAGAUUUCUGGAAAAACAUCACCAGCCAUGGAGCGACACAAGGAAGCGGGCGUUGCUUCGGGGGGCAGAGGUCAUGGGAAGGCGUCGGACAGCGUCUCUCUACCUUCAUUCGCCGAGUACCCCUCCAAGCCCCGCCUACUCGCCAGCCCUCGACCAAUUACCGGCCUCCCUGAGAGCAGCAGUACAGCCAUCCUGUCUGCGUUGAAAAACCUUCAAGAGAAGAUCAGGCGUCUGGAGCUGGAGAGGAAACAAGCCCAACACACACUCACACAACUCAACACACACACAGACUCUGGCGCAGAUAUGGAGUGUCAGUUGGCUGCUGCUGAGUCUCGAUGUCGUCUGUUGGAGAAGCAGCUGGACUACAUGAGGAGGAUGGUACGCAACGCAGAGAGCUCAAGAGCAUCGCUACUCAAACACCAGGUGAAUGUGGAGAGAGAGGACGUACGGGAGAAACUUCAGAAGUUGGACCUACUGGAACAGGAAUACCAGAGACUUACACACACACAGACACAUGCAGAGAGUAAGAUACGUCAAAUUGAGAGGAAGCUGCAGGAGGAAGAACACCACAGGAAACUCAUGCAGGAGAAAGCAGCACAGUUACAGACAGGUCUGGAAGCCAAUCGAAUCCUUCUGCAGUCCGUGUCGCCCCGCCCACACAAGUCACCAAAGACCAAGAAGAAAAAGAAGAGUCCUUUGCGGCAGCAACAGCAGCAGAGUCCGACAGAGCCACACUACCGACUCAGCCUGCGAGAUGUCCCCUUCGUAACCGGCACAUCCACAGGCACUAGCCACUCUGUGCGUGCUAACGUGCAGCACGUUUUAAACCUCCUGAAGCAUCAUAACCCUCAGCUGUGCAACAGCGAUGUGCUGGGAGCCACGCCAUUGGCCGGCGGCAGCGCCCGUCAGAGCAGGGCAACCAAUGGCAAGGGCUCGUCUGGCCAGCUGAGCAGUAGCUCCUCCUCUUCCUCCUCCUGUGAAGAUCUCUCCGAGCUGCUGGGGGCACUGCAGCAGGAGUUUGGAAACAUCAGCCUGGAGCAUCAGGAGUGUGUGCGGCGGUUGCAGUGUGUGAGCGGCUCCUCGGUGCGUAUGAAGCUGGAGAGGGAACAGGAGACGCUACUGAAGAGGAUGGAGGACAAGGGGGAACAGAUAGCAGCGCUCAGGAGACAUCAAGCACAGGUGGAUCGCUGGCGUCGAGAGAGGAAGAAGGCAGCGAAGGGGGGCCAGGUGCGAGUGGUGACCACGGUAACAGGGGGUGGAGCCUCGACAACCAGUGUACGCAACACAUCGCCACGGCGACAUCGCCACGGAGACACGCACACACGCCACGGAGACACGCACACACGCCACGGAGACAGCUUACAGCUACUCAGAGACAUGAGAUCACUGCAGAGCUCACUACAAACACACUGACACACACACACACACACACACACACACACACACACACACACACACACACACACACACACACACACACACACACAGCCUACAACUACUUGGGAGACAAUCAGUGCAUAAAUCCUGACACACACACACACACACACACACACACACAAACAUACAACUGCUCAGACACAUGAAAUCACUGCAAAGAGACCUGUAAUGUUUGCUUUUCAGAUACUGUAGAUGUGUGUUUGUGUGUUGGGACAGAGGGAUUAAGGUACCAAGUUGGGGCUCCUGAACAAUCAUCCUCCAUACACUGCCCUUCACUGGCCACGUGGUCUUCCGGGAGGCCAAACGUGAUCAUAUGAGUUGAAUGUAGUAUACACUGUACACAUUAGGGGACAAAAGGAAGGAAGGAAGGAAGGAAGGAAGGAAGGAAGGAAGGAAGGAAGGAAGGAAGGAAGGAAGGAAGGAAGGAAGGAAGGAAGGACGGGUUUUCAUAAAGUAGACUAGACUAUGCUGCCUCGUGCUGGACCCAGUACUAUGGAUCCCUGGUGGGGGACCACAUACUGCCUGGUGGGCUACUACCAUACAGGGGGCGUUGGGAGGGUUAUGAUGAGGUCCAGGGGGUGUUUAUUCCCAAAAACCAACAUCGAAACCGAGAAAAAGGCCUCUGUAUUAUGGUUGGAUAUUAAAGGUGCUGCAAAUUUGACAUGCCGAUAUCGCUAAUACGGUACGCAUUUGGACCAAAAAGGCUUUGUGACAAGAUGAAGGAGGUGUUACCAAGACCAAGUCAAUUUUGACAAAAUAUGUAGUUACUGCACUUUUAGUAUGUAGUGCAGUAUACUGUACUAUACGAGACUGCCUGGUGCGUGGUGACUGUCAUAUGGUGGGCCUCGUCUAGCAUAGUUUUACACUGCAAUGCUGUGUAAGGAAACCGCACACGUUUCGGGCCACCCUGGCCCUUCCUCAGACCAGACUCACCCUGACUGAGGAAGGGCCAGGGUGGGCUGAAACGUCACAAAAUAAAAUGGCUUAAAUGGGAGCUCAUCGGUGUGCGGUUUUCUUCACUGCCUAUGGACCUGAAUGACCCUAUUUGAACCUGCACCCGAAACCAGUCUCUGGAUGUGCGUGAGAUUCGAUUGGGUUACACGGCAAGGCUACCUUAUUAGGUGGAAAGAUGAGGCUGGCCCACUUGCCCUGGACCUAAUACAGCCGUUCAUUUAUCAGUCCCUGUGUGUGUGUCUUUUGUUUGAAGAUGACGAUUAGUUUGAUAACUAUAUUUUGACUGUUACCCUGACAACCUGCCAUUACAGGAUGGGCACAAAGACCCCUGAGUGUGUUUGUGUGUGUGUGUGUGUGUCUGUGUGUGUGUGAUGGCCAACGUCACCAUUCUGACCAAUGACACUCCUUCAGGUUUUGUGUGUGUGUGUGUGUGUGUGUGUGUGUGUGUGUGUGUGUGUGUGUGUGUGUGUGUGUGUGUGUGUGUGUGUGCGCGUGUGCGUGCACAUUUUGUAUCAGAGGUAGGCCU